AGAAAAUUAUUUUGUGAUUAAAAACGGUGUUAACAAUAUUUAUUAUACCUACCUACAUAUUUUGUUUUUGUUGCUUCUAUGUAAGGUCUUCUAAAGACAUAAAUCCUAUUAAUACAAAUAUAUAAAAAAAUAAAAAAUACAGCAAAUUUUGUAUUAAAAAAUCAUCAUCCAACAAUUUAGAUCAAGGCCAUACAUACAUACACCUAUAAAACACUUUAUUUUACUUCGUAUGCCUGGGCCACAAAUUUGUAACGUUAUUUACUGCGGCUUAAUUUUGUCCAUCAAUAGUGCCGUAGUAUCUUUUAAGCGGUCAUCGAUUAGUUUAUGAUGGAACUGUUGUCUAACAACUCAUCAUUAUCAGCACAAAUGGCAUCGGCAACUGGCAAUAAUGCAGCAGCAAAUGGCAAUCCCAAUAGCGGCGCUACACCCGCCGAAAGACUGUUAGCAGGUAUUUUGGAUUCAUUUCCAGCUUGGGACAUUGGCAGCGGUAUGAUGAAUAGCGAUGCUCGUAAUGAUUCACCACCUCGUAAUGAUUUCUUUUUCAAUAACUUCCUUUCGUCAUUGGAGACACCACAGGAAUUUAGUAUUGGUGUAGCACCCAUAGGCAGUGGCAUGAGAGCCCCCAAAAUGUCUCCGGAAUCAUCGAAUAACUCGAGCAUUAGCUGCGGCUGGUGUGAAGUUAAUGCUUCGAUACGCUGCUUGGAGUGCAAUGAAUUCAUGUGCAAUGAUUGCUUAAGAGAACAUCGCAAAUCACCAUUAUCCUCUAAUCACUCCAUUAUCUCGUUGCCAACACCAAUUGGCACUUCACCCACCGGCGGUAUGUCAACUAGCGUACCGAGCAUACCCAGCCCAAAUUAUCUUUGCGAUCUACAUAAUGAACUGUUGCGUUAUGUUUGUGAAUACUGCAAGAAGUUGGUGUGCCAAUGUUGUACCCUGCACGAGCACAAGGAGCACUGCUACUCUUCGAUUCAGAACUUUGUCGAUGAAUCGAGGGAGAAAAUCGAAUCAGCCUUGGAGAGCAGUCGCAUGGGUACCAAGUGCAUUAAGAGCAGCAUUGACAAGGCUUUGGCAUUCAUACGUCACAUCGAGAGAAAUUGCGCCGAGUUGAGCGACAACAUUCGCAAGGGAUUCCGUCAGUUUCUCAUCGCCAUUGAAGAUCGCGAACGUUUUCUUUUGGACUUUGUAGAGAAAUUGAGGCAGCGUCGUUUGGCUAUGUUGCACGAUCAAAUGGCUGGACUAAAAUCAGCUUUAGCCGGUUUAGCUGAAACUUCCGAUAUGUUGAAUAAAGUGGCAGAAAACGGUGGCCGCAUGGAUCACGUCGACAUUGCCAUGAAGGUGACAAAUGGUCAGAGACAACUCGAACAGUUUGCUGCUAUUUACAAAGAUUUACAGCCCAAGCAAGAAGUGUUUGCUUUUGCGGCUCCCGAUUAUACCUUAUUGCAAGACAUACGCAAUCAAGGUGGCAUAGUUUUGGUGGAUGAGAAGAAUAUGCCCCUGAUGAAUAUAAGCGGUGGCACAAUUGUGGGUGGCACUGCAGCUGUGGAGUCGGUGGGCACCGUAUUAUCGAUGUCCUCAAAUGGGCUAACAAAUGGCGUUGUACCCUCUAAUAUGAGACGCCCACUCCUAAGAGACAAUUCAUUCCGUAAUCCUUCGCCGGUAAUGCAAGUUAGAGGCGGUAGUGCUUGCAGUAUGCCCAAUCCUGGUCUGGAUUGGGAACUCAGUGUGAUGCGCAGUUCGCCUGGUCUACACUUUGGCGCUCCCCGUUCAACACCCGCUAUUCCUGGUACUUCCGAACCCGUCAAGGCCCGAAACUCGAAUGCUCUAUCUCUCUCGUUUGCCACCGAAGGCCACGAAGAUGGCCAGGUCAGCCGCCCAUGGGGUUUGUGUGUCGAUAAACUCGGUCACGUAUUAGUCUCCGACAGACGCAACAAUCGCGUACAAGUUUUCAAUCCCGAUGGCUCUCUCAAAUUCAAGUUUGGCCGCAAGGGCGUGGGCAAUGGCGAGUUCGAUCUUCCCGCCGGUAUUUGUGUAGAUAUUGAUAAUCGUAUCAUUGUGGUGGACAAGGAUAAUCAUCGUGUGCAAAUCUUUACAUCUUCGGGUGUUUUCCUACUGAAAUUCGGCAGUUACGGCAAGGAAUAUGGUCAAUUCCAAUAUCCUUGGGAUGUGGCCGUAAAUGCAAGACGUCAAAUUGUCGUUACCGAUUCGCGCAAUCAUCGUAUACAACAAUUCGACUCGGAGGGUAGAUUUAUACGUCAAAUUGUAUUUGAUAAUCAUGGUUCCAAUAAGGGCAUAGCCUCGCCGCGUGGUGUGUGCUACACACCCACCGGUAAUAUUAUAGUAUCCGACUUUGACAAUCAUUGUUUGUACCUGAUCGAUCCUGAUAUAAAUGAGAUUUUAUCAGCCAAGGGUCACGAAGGUUCUGGUUUCCAAGAAUUUAAUCGCCCUUCAGGUAUAUGUUGCGACGAUGAUGGUCGCAUUAUAGUUGCAGAUUCCAAGAAUCAACGCAUUGUAGUAUAUAGUCCUACAUUGGAUUAUUUAUGGGAUAUCGAAGUAAGACCUUCAUUGAAUCCCUUAAUGCCACCAACUUUGGAUGAAAAAGAUCGUACUUGUGAUGUGGCCUUAAUGCCAGACGGUCGCAUAGUAUUUCUUAUUGAAUUAUCACCCGACUCUAAAGAGGGAUCUAAUCCCUAUAAACGCUUUGUACAUGUCUUCUAACGUUCAACAUAUCCGUCAUUGGGAUGGAUAAAUAAUACUACAAAUAUCAAUGCUGCGGCGGACACCACAUCAACCGCAUCAGCCGCCUCAGUAACAAUA